AUGGUCUCGGGCCACCGGCUCCACAAGCUCCGCGAGUGCGUCGAGGCCUUCAAGCUCCGGUCGUCGACGUGUGCUGGCUGCGGCGCGGUGGACGAGGCCGCCACCCUUGUCGAGCCCAAGACCGGACUGUUCUGCCACAAGACUGUGGACUGUCUCUCGGCGCUCAAGGCAAAGCUUGCUGCGAGCUGCUCGAGCCACGGGUCGUCGUCGGCCACCGGUGACGGCGACGACGACGCCCCAGUUGCCAGGCCACCGACGGACGGCUCAGUCAGCUCGGACGGCUCGGACGACUCGGACUCGUCCGACGUCGACGACGAUGCUGGCGGCUUUACCUCAUCAGACGGGGCCGCCACUGAGGCCGGUGCCCAGGCCCAGACUGCCGCCCCGAGCUCGGUGGCCGAGGCCAAGGCGUGCGCGGCAGCCCGGCCGACCCGCUCAACGUCGGCGCAUCAGGGCUCCGGCCUCGUGCUUCCGGCACUGCUCAAGGUCCAUCUCCUCAACGGCUCGUCCAAGCUGUUCCCGGUCGAUCAGCUCCGCGUCCGACAUGCCGACGCCCAACUCACCGCCGGGCACGUGUUCGAGGCGAUGGCCGAGAAGAUCGGGCUCGAGCGCCGCGAGUACGCCCUCUUUGCGCUCUUUGCCGCUACCGACGAGGAGGCGACCGCGGUCUCGUUCGACGUCGUCCUCCCGCCGGCGCUGCGGCUCGACGACCUCUGGGCCCACUUUGACGCUGCCGUUCACAUGCUGCGCGGGACCCAGGCCCGCGACUCGGCGCUGCCCUUUGUCCCGCUACUCUACCUCCGCGCUCGCCCGGGCCUCGCCGUCGACGACCAGCGCAAGGCGGCCUCGCGGGCGGCGCUGACGCUGCUCUUCGAGGAGACCCUCUCCGCCGUCCUCACCUCGCAGGUCAUCCUGCCCAAGUCCGAGCUCAUCACCCUCGGCGCUCUCCUCAUCCAGCUCUACUACGGCGACCACGACAAGAAGAAGCACCUGCCUGGCUUUUUCCGCGCUCCCUCGCUCCUCGCAGAGCUCCUCCCGCGACACGUCCUGGCCUCCUCCUCGUUUGUCUCCAAGCAGGCCGCCUGGGAGAAGAAGAUGUUCAAGGCCCACUCCAAGCUUGUCGGCUACCCGCCGCUCCUGGCCAAGCUCGCCUACGACGAGCACGUUCGCUCCCUUGCCCCCUGGCUCGGCGCCGUUCUCCUGCCGGUCUCGGUCGAGUCGGCUGACCCGUCGCUCGGCAAGGCCCUCGCUGGUCCGCUCAUCCUUGCCGUCCGCGACGAUACCCUGUUCUUCAUCUCCACCCCAGACCCAUCGGGCCUCGUCGUCUCGGCCUCCACCGCCGGCAUCCGCCUCGACCGGCCCUCGGCCUCGCUCGUUCUCGCCUCGGGUGAGGUCGUCACCUUUGCCCCGCGGCCCAUCAACGACAUUGUCUUUGCCUUUCUCGCCCAGGCUCGUGACGCCGCUCCGCGCAUCGGCGCAGAUCUGGACCUCACCGCCUCAACCCCAGCGCACCGCGCCCGCUCCGCCACCAUCGCCGUCGCAUCGCCUGCCGCUCUCUGCGCCGCCAUCGCCUCGGCCAUCCCGGCCUCGUACGCCUACCUCUGA